AUGCCUGAAUCAGAUCAAUCCAUCCCCAAGUCUCCAGUUCACAACACAAACCAUGCCGAGACCAACAAUUCACGAAUCCUUGAUCCAUAUGUUAUACAUCCGUCUGAUAAUCAAGCUACUGUCAUGUUCUCUCCGUUGCUGCAAGUUGAUAACUAUGGUGCCUGGGUUCGAGGAAUUACCAAGGCAUUGAAUGCCAAAGGAAAGCUGGAAUUUGUCGAUGUCUCCUUACCACCUCCAGAAGAUGAUAUCACCCAUCGCUGCUGGAAACGUUGUGAAGACCUAGUGGGAAGUUGGAUCCUCAAUUCAGUCCACCCAGACAUCCGUGCAAGUUGUCUCUAUGCAGCUUCAUCAUACGCCAUCUGGAAGGACUUACAUGUACGGUUUUGUGUAUCAAACGCACCAAUCCUUUUUCGUUUGAAAUCAGCAAUUGCUUCCAUCAGGAAGGAAUCCAUGCCUGUCUCUCUUUACUACACAAAGAUUAAAACACUUUGGGAUCAAUAUGAUUCCCCGGUUGCUUCUACGGAAGCAUGUAUCCGUGGUGCUGGUAAGCACAUGAUGGAAUGA